CCCCAACUCCUUCUUCUUCACACCCAAUCAAAAUGGUUCACUCAUACUCUUGUGCUACAUUCUUCACCCUCUUCACCCUCACAUUUUCCUCUUUCACUUCUGCUUUCACAUCCCAACAUUACUCUGAUGCACUCACCAAAUCCAUUCUCUUUUUCGAGGGUCAACGGUCCGGCAAGUUACCCACUAACCAACGUCUCUCAUGGAGAGCCGAUUCCGCCUUAAACGACGGCUCUUCUGCCAAUGUGGACCUAGUUGGAGGGUAUUAUGAUGCAGGUGACAAUGUCAAGUUUGGACUACCUAUGGCAUUCACUACCACAAUGCUUGCAUGGAGUAUCAUCGAAUUCGGCGAUAAUAUGAAAGGCGAAUUAGAUAACGCGAAAGACGCUCUUCGUUGGAGCUCCGAUUAUCUCAUGAAAGCGGCCACAGCCACCCCUGGCACCUUAUAUGUCCAGGUGGGUGAACCUUAUUCGGAUCAUCAGUGUUGGGAGAGGCCUGAAGAUAUGGAUACACCGCGUAAUGUAUACAAAGUGUCCGCUCAAAACCCGGGGUCUGAUGUGGCUGCAGAGACCGCAGCCGCACUGGCUGCUGCUUCCAUUGUGUUUCAAGAUUCUGAUUCAGCAUAUUCACAUAAAUUACUACAAACAGCCAAGAGUGUGUUUGAUUUGGCAGACAAGUAUAGAGGCUCAUACACCGACUCGCUUAGUUCGGUUGUUUGCCCGUUUUACUGUUCGUACUCCGGAUACAAUGAUGAAUUGUUGUGGGGCGCAGCGUGGAUCUAUAGAGCGUCACAGGACGCUUCGUAUUUAUCCUACAUUCAAUCAAACGGACACGUUAUGGGUGCGUAUGAUGAUGUUUUUUCCUUCAGUUGGGAUGAUAAACGCGCUGCAACCAAAGUUCUCCUCGCAAAAGGCUUUAUCGUAGACAAUAUUGGCGAACUUCAGGCGUAUAAACAACAUUCGGAUAACUACAUUUGUUCAUUGAUUCCAGGAUCACCGAAUUCGCAAGCGCAAUAUACACCAGGCGGGAUGUUUUACUAUAAACAAGGCCAAGGCCAGAGCAAUCUCCAGUACGUUACAACCUCCUCGUUCCUUUUGCUAACAUACGCCAAGUAUCUAGACUCAAACGGUGGUCACGCUUCUUGUGGGUCGUCGAUGGUUACAUCAGAGACGCUUAUAACACAAGCGAAGAAGCAGAUCGACUACAUAUUGGGUGAUAACCCGAUGAAAAUGUCGUAUAUGGUUGGAUUUGGGGACAAAUACCCAACGCGAAUCCACCAUAGGGGAUCAUCUGUACCAUCUGUUCAUGAUCAUCCUGACCGCAUAUCCUGUGACGCUGGACAUCAGUACUUAAACUCCCAAUCGCCUAACCCGAAUAUACUUGUGGGCGCGAUUGUGGGGGGCCCGGAUAGUAACGAUAACUAUGGCGAUGAACGGGGCAAUUAUAGCCAAUCGGAACCGGCUACUUAUAUUAAUGCUCCGUUUGUUGGGGCUGCAGCUUUCUUCUCAGGACAUUGAAUAAAGGUUUGAUGUUAACCAUAGGAUGUUUGAGGAUUCUGAGAUGUUAGUUAGUAGUUAUGGCAUGUAUGAUCCCAUAUCCUUGGGUAGUUAUUAGUUAAGCUUUUGUAGCAGUGUUAACUUGUUGGUUGGUGAACUAAAAGAAAGUUGCAUCGUUAUUGUGUAA